AUGUCUAAGUCACAGUACCGAGAUGGCGAGGAUGACAUCCCCUCGUACGAAGAAAGCGUCCGAUCGUCCACCACACAGAGACCACCGUACAACAUGAGACCCGACGUAGCAGCACCACUGCAUCGCCAUCUAGAUGCGAGUCGCGUGCAGCGCGUGCAUUCUCUCCUCGAGCAGUAUGUUGAUCCACUUCUUGCUGAGCAAGGGUCAUCAGGGCUGUACCAAACCACGUUCAUUUUCAUUCCCUCCAAUGUCACGUCUCUACACCAGAGAGAAAAGACUAGCUACUCCACGCCUAAAGCGCCAGAGCCGGUCGGAUUUCCUACCUCGACGGUGGUCAAGCUUGUUCAGCUGGAGGGUGAGGCACAUACGAUGGAGUUCUGGAGGCAGCCGGCCGUGUUGCGAGAAUUGGAGUCCUCGCUUCGAGCUAGGCUUGCGGCGAGUGGCCAUCAUGUUGAGGGCCAGGAAGGGGUUCCCACAUCUGCUAAAGAAACCGAAUCGCUAAAGUCGAAUAACGACAAUAAGCCUAAACAGAAGAAGUCGCUCUGGGGUAGACUGACAGGCAACUCUGAGGCUGUUAUUGUGGACCGGAAGCUGGGUUGGCGUGCCGACGACGGAGAGACGCCCGGUCGCAAAUUGUCCAGGGACCAGGUCAGAGUUAUCGUGGAGUGGAAGGAGGUUUGUCUGCGCGUGGAGAAUGACCUGGGUCUAUACGAUAAUUGCAACGCACCGGGAAUUUGUCUCUCUGUGGAGGUCGGGGAGUAG